CACCGCACAGUACAAGCGUGACAAUUGGCCAUGGAGCAUUUGCGCCAAACGUACGUCCGUCCGACCUGUACGCCACGUGACACGUGCUCGACCGUAGUGAACGACGUCGCGUAACCGUGAAGUUCACCCGACUCAGAGAGAGAGAGAGAGUGAGAGACAUGAUGCUGCUGUUACCCGCCGAACACUACAAACAAGUAUUGGCUUCGAUCGCAAAACAUCGAGUUCAGCAGGGUAAGGCUGCUGGACGUUUGUGCGCUGUGCGGUUCAGAGCUUGGCUACAAGAUUGCCUGGAGCGAUUGGGCAGGUCAAUUCAUCGCAAGACACAUGUAUACUUCCUGCCCCUGUUGUUGGGCCUCGGAGUUCUGUUGGCCGGAUUCAAAGCGUUCGACGGAAACUCCCAGUUUAAUCAGUUAUGGGUUGAAUCGGGAGGACGUUUGGAAAUGGAACUACAAUACUCCUAUAAGGCGCUGGGAGAGACCGAAAGCGCCAUACAUGUGUUGGUCACGCAGACAGCCAAGAAGGGUACUUCUCCGGAAAUGCCUCAACAGCGGCUUCUUCAUAGAAAAGCCCUGCUCUCCCACCUGCAACUCCUUAAAAAUGCCGCCCAUGUCACAGUCAAUCUGUUUGACGUGACAUGGGGUCUUAAAGACAUUUGCUUGUCGCCCAGCCCACCGGAAUUCGAAGUUCAAUAUGUAGAUACUAUUUUUGAAAAUAUGAUGCCUUGUGAAAUAAUAACUCCUUUAGAUUGUUUUUGGGAAGGUUCUAAACUUUUGGGUCCAGAAACUCCUGUAGUAGUCCCUGGUUUUGGAACAGGUCUUAAAUGGACUAAUUUAAAUCCUCAGAGUUUGAUGAAAUCUAUAAGAGCUAUGGGAGACAAUAGUUUUCCAUUUGAUAUGUUAGAAACUUACAUGAAACGAGCGGGAAUCAAUUCAGGUUACCAAGAUAAACUAUGCUUAGAUCCGGAAGAUCCAGACUGUCCAGAAACAGCUCCAAAUAAGAAAUCCAAAAGAAUACCAGAUAUUGGUGCAGAAUUGGCGAACGGUUGUAGAGGAUUUGCUAGUAAAUAUAUGCAUUGGCCUAAGGAGUUGCUUUUGGGUGGUAUUACUCAAAACAAAACUGGAUACAUUCAAAAUGCUGAGGCAAUUCAAUCUGUGUUACAACUUAUGGGUGAGAAAGAAUUGUAUGAAUUUUGGUCGCAAAGCUAUAAAGUCUUACAUUUUUCAUGGGACCAAGAAAAGGCUGCUUUGGUGCUCAAAACAUGGCAAAAGAAAUUUAAUGAGGAAGUAAAAAAAAUGCUCAAACAACCUAAUAUGCAACCAUAUGACUUCUAUACGUUUUCAACAAUGCUACUCAAUGAUUUAUUAAGCCAAUAUGAUUUCAUGAAUCCAAAAUUAAUUUAUAUUGGAUGUAUUAUAAUGGUUCUCUAUGUUUGUAUUGUGCAAAUAAAUAUAUUCGAUGCUGUCAGAUCUCAAUUAGUCAUUGGUCUUUUCAGUCUUUUAUUAAUAUUGUUAUCAAUUGCAUCUGGUAUUGCUUUCUGUUGUCUAAUUGGAAUUCAAAUUCAUUCCGCCACCAUUGCUGUUGUUAUAUCAAUUUCAUCAGCCGUAGGAGUAAACAACAUGUUUUUGUUAAUGUUUAGUUACAAAAGACUAUCAAAUCGUGGAUUCAUUCAUACUGCACAAAAAUACAAUGUUCAUAUCGGAAAAAAACUUGUGGGCUUAGUAUUAAAAAAUACUGGAACAAAUAUACUAAUGACAUCCUUCAUUAUAAUAUCAAUUUUCCUUACUGCUGCUAUUGUACCAAUUCCUGCAUUGCGAGCAUUCUGCUUGCAGGUUGCCAUAUUGGUCUUAUUUGUUUUGGUUACUACACUUUUUGGUGUUACAUCUCUCAUCAGCUUUGAUAUACGUCGAAGAAGAAGUGCAAGAAUUGAUAUAUUUUGUUGUUUUCCAUCUGAAGAUCUAAAAUGGCCAUUUUUUAACAAUAAUAAUUCUUCAAGAACAGCAAGUACAAUUGGCGAUCAAAUGCUACAAUUUACUUCCAAAUCAGAUAUGCCUUCCCACACUUCUUCAAAUUUGUUAUUGAAAGAAUUUAAAGAUUCUAGUUCUGAUUGUGAAGAUGGUUUGCCAAUGGUAACAAAAACCCAUUGUUGUAACUGGACACCUAAAGAUAUUGCCCAGAAAUAUGUUCAACAUUUGACAACUGGUUCAUGUCGUACUCAGGUCAUCUUAGCAUUUAUUGUAAUAAUGGGAAUCAGUAUAUGGGGUAUUACCAAGAUACAAGCCGGUCUAACAUUGCCUGAAAUGGUGCCUAGUGGCACAAAUGAGCAAAAGUUUCUGGGGACAUAUGGUCAGAUGUUUGGCUUUUACAAUAUGUAUGCAGUGACACAAGAUGAUUUUGAGUAUCCAACCAACCAAAAAUUACUGUACGAAUAUCAUGAUGCAUUCAUGCGCGUUCCUAAUAUAUUGAAAAAUGAUAAUGGUGGUUUGCCUCAGAUGUGGCUAACCUUGUUCAAAGAAUGGUUAUUAGGGUUGCAAAAGUCAUUUGAUAAAGACUGGGCGAAAAAAUGCAUUACUCAAGAAGGAUGGGAAUCAUGUGCAUCGGAAAAUGGCAUCCUAGGUUACAAGCUUCUCGUCCAAACGGGCAAUAGUGAUAAUCCCAUUGAUAAAUCAUUAGUAUUAAAUGCUAGACUAGUCAAUGAAAAUGGCAUUAUAAAUGAAGAAACAUUUUACAAUCUACUGACUGCCUGGGUAUCUAAUGACAUUUUAGCGUAUGGUGCAUCGCAAGCCAACAUUAGGCCAGAACCUCGUCAUUGGACACACGUAGCCAAUGAUUAUGAUUUACAAAUUGUCAAAUCAUCACCAAUAAUAUAUGCACAAAUGCCAUUUUAUGCCAGCAAUUUGUAUGAAACAUCUAUAAUAACCAAAUUUAUAUCAACUGUCCGCGGUAUUUGUAAACAUUUUGAUGAGCGUGGACUUCCCAACUACCCCUCAGGCAUUCCUUUUGUAUACUGGGAACAAUAUCAAGAGCUCCGUCAAUAUUUAUGUGUGGCCAUGACGUUUACGUUUUUGUUUUUGUUUUUAAUUUGUAUACUGUUCCUAUGCAAUGUCAGAGCUGCCCUAAUAACUUUAUUCAUGUCUGCUGUAUUGGUCAUUCAGAUUUUGGGCUUUAUGGGAUUUGCUGAUAUAAAAUUCAGCGCCAUAUCUGUUGUGCUAUUAAUUGGUACCAUGGGUACUGGAAUAACAUUCACUGUUCAUCUUUCCUUGAGUUUUGUCACAUGUAUUGGCGACAGACAAAGACGAACUCAUUUGUCGGUAGAUCACAUGUCAAAAAUAGUUCUUCAAUCUGGAGCCACAUUAGUCGUUGCAGUUAUAAUGCUAAUUUUCCAAAACAACUAUGUGUCAAAGUCAUAUUUCCUUAUGUUAAUUGCCAGUACUGUAUUUGGCUUGUUUAACGGCCUUGUAUGUUUACCAGUAUUCUUAUCCAUGUUUGGCCCACCACCAGAGAUAAUACCAUUGAAGUAUACUGACAGAAUAAGUACACCUUCACCAGAACCAAUCAAAAAACAUGCUCGGUAUACUAGCAUCAGACAAUCUGUACCUCCGCCACCAUCUAAUCGAUCACACCAUCAGCAAAAUCACCACAAAAAUCAUCACCAAAAACAGGGCAAAAAAUUUACUCGUCGAUCAUUGUCUACUAUUGCCGAAGAAUCAGGUUCCUAUCAUUCCACAUCUCUAAAUAAUGUGGAAACAACCAAGUCACAACAAUCAUCAAGAGCACCAUCACCAUCAAGUCAGUCCGAUUAUAGUACAGACAGUGGAUCCGAUAUUGAAACACCACAACGAACUCAGUCUGUGCCUACAGUGUCAACUCAGGCUUCUCCAGCACCAACCAGGUGUGUAGUGACUGCCAAAUUUGAACUUGAGCUUGAUGGCAAUGUGAUGAGUGCCGCUGCACAGCCGUGUGUGCAUAAAUCGUCAUCCAAACAUCAUCACAACAACCGUCAACCAAAAAGGCAUAAACGCCACCAUAAUACUAGGUACUGAUAUAAUUGUGCAAUUUGUAUUGUUUUUUUUUUUUUUUUUUUUUUAAUUUAUUUUUAUUAUUAACAAAUUGAUAUAAUUAUUCUUGACUAGUAAAAUUGCUCAAAAUACUGUGUA